UCCCCCCUCAGCCCCCUCAAUAACACAAACACAGUCAAAAAGUGGUGGAACGUGCUGAUGUAUGUAACCAUAUGAUUUUUUGGUUUGAAAUUCCCUGAUUUGGCUUUUUAUUUAUUGAAUCAGUGUAGUUAGAGGGCCGAGUAUCGUAUAAGAAAUGUGCAAAAUAGUUGUCCCAACUGGCAUCACCAACCAAAUUAUAUAAAUACGUCGAAUAAUGAACGGAUUUAGUACAGGCGAGGAAGAUUCAAGAGGACCAACUGAUCAAAUCUGCUGUUUGAUAGACAAUAGUGAACGUUGUAACAAAAUCGCCGGUAAUGCUUCAUACAGCAAGCGAAUCCAGAAGACAGUGACACAAAGGAGGUUAAAUUUGUGUAUUGACAAUUCAGCGAAACACAUUUACAUCUGCGACUUUCACAAGAUGAUCAUCCAGUGUGCAAGGACCAAAAGACGGAGAAAGGACUCGGAAGAUGACAGUAAUGAGACCGAUACUGAUGUGCCAGAAGUCGAUCUGUUUCAAUUAGGAGUCAACACCUUGAGAAGGUACAAAAGGCAUUACAAAGUUUCAGCACGACCUGGACUCAACAAGGCCCAACUAGCAGACACUUUAAUGAAACACUUUAAAACGAUCCAAGUCAAGGAGAAGGAAGUUGUCACAUUUUUUAUAUACACGGUGAAAACAAACAGCAAUAAACUUGACCAAAAGAAUGGUGUAAAUAAUGACGCAACUUGAAGUUACGUAUUUUAAAAGUUUUAUUAAGUUAUUACAUAUAAGAAAAAAAGCAUUUAAUAAAAAAAUAAUUACUUUUU